CGUUUCCUGUUCCUCUGUUGUGAAACAGUUGCAUAAACUCUCCUUCAAAAUAAAACAUUGUCACUUUGUCAGCCAAGCAAGCACUUGAUCAGUCAUACAUUACUGAAGAUACUUCUCGAUAACAUGUUUUCAGCAGCUAUUGCAAGAAAGGUUGUUAGUUCGGUUUGCCGAGCAUCACUGCGUCCAGCUGUUGGCACAGUGGUUUCUCGGGGUUACCGAGGUGAUGCCCCAGAACCAACCCUCAUUGAGAUCCCACUGCCACCGUGGGAGGAGAGGACAGGCGAGUCCCUGGAGAUCAAGAAGAAAAGACUCCUGUAUGAGAGCCGCAAGAGAGGCAUGCUGGAGAACUGCAUCCUUCUGAGCCUUUUUGCAAAGCGGUACCUGAAUACAAUGAGUGAAUCCCAGCUAAAGCAGUAUGACAGACUCAUCAAUGAACCCAGCAAUGACUGGGACAUCUACUACUGGGCUACAGAUGCUCAGCCGACACCUGAUGUGUACCAGGGCGAGGUGAUGGACAUGCUCAAAGAGUUCGCCAAGAACAAGGACAUGGAGCAGCGUCUGGAUGCCCCUAAUCUUGAAUAUCUGGACAAGAGCAGCUAAAACUCAGCCUUCUGCCAGAGACUGUCAUAGAAAA